CACGCGAGCUUGCCGGAUGUUUAUGGAACCACAUGUUGUUACCCGGUUAUAAAAGCAGAUUUCUGUGGAUGUAGUUUGUGGAAAGUAGAAGAAAACUUUUGUAGCUUGAAUCAGGAUGUCGGCUUCGUUGAUCAGGAGAGGACUGGAGCUGCUGAGCAAUGACAUUAAAGAUGUCACUAAAGUGAAGAAGAAGCAGCAGCAGACCCCCAGCUCAGCCACAGUGAUGGAGCUGGUGAGCACCAAGCGGCAGGGAGUUACCAAGCAGGUCAAAAGACUGCAAGGCCGUCUCGGGCCUGGCAAGAGCAAAGCCACUGUUAAAGACAAGAGGAUCAAGUCUGCAGUGGAGGAGUUCAGGAAGAAGCAGGGGAAGAGCCAUUUGAGUGAGAACCUCAAAUAUUUUAUGGCAACUGGCUGUAAAGCAACAGAUUCUGACACACUGAAGAUCGUGAACCACAAUAAAGGGAGGCAGUCAAGAAAUCACCCGGACAGGCCUGCGAAAAAGGCCAAAGAGGCAAAGUCUUUGUUCACAGAGGAGGAGUUCCAGCAGUUUCAGAAGGAAUACUUUGGCAGGACUGUGGAGGAAAAGAAAUAAAAUAGACACAAAGACACUGCGCCCACAGCAGAAGCUCCAGGGCUGUGUUUGGAGGAUCGAAGUGGAUUUCUGGACCAGAUUUUGUUCUUGGAUGUAGUGUCUGUCUGGUUUGGGUUUUUCUUUUUUUAUCUUCUUUUUUUUUUUUUUUUUUCUUUCAAGGGUGUCUGUGUGACUAAUAUGUGUACAUAUUGAACCAACCACAGGUUGAAGUUCAUAGACAAAGUAUGAAAAAUCAUUUGCAAAGAGAGAGGAAAUGACUGAGAUAUGACUUGUGUCAGUCAUAGCUCGCGAGUCCUUUGUUUCAUUGUUUGUGAACUGCAAACGUAAAGAAGCUCACCUUUAAUUCACAGCCAAGAAAAACACCAUAUUCAUGGCUUAAUAACCAGAAAAGCUUAGCAAGAGCCAUUACAGGGUGGUUUGAGAGAGCAAAUUCCUGAAAUUAUGGGCUUAUGGCUGACUUAUACAAUACAUUUCUGUUUCUCAUCUCCUUUGAUAUCUUCUUAGACUUUUUUUUUUUUUUUUUUAAGAUUAUUGAAUUAUUUUUUUCAAUAAAAGCUGUAAUUCUGGGAACAAAGCUGCAUGAAACAACCGAUAGAGCUAAAGAUAUUAGAGUUGCUAAUUAAUCAAUUAUUAAAUAAUAUCAAAGUCAACACAAAGAUUUGGGAUUUCUAUUGCAACCACCUUGAAUUAAUAGCUUCCAUCAUUUUCAUCAUUCCUCCUAUAAACACGUGUUUUGAUAUGGUUGUCCUCAAACUUGUUGCUUUAU